UGGUAGCCACUUCCUGUGACAUCUGAAACCCUCACGAUGGCGUGCCUGUCGCGUGUUCUGUUGCAAAGCUCCCGGUUUGCUGCUGUACUCAGAGAGCGGGACCGUGUGUGCACGUUGGCGGGCUUGGCAGUCAGGUACCACAGCACCAAGACGGCUCCCCAGUUACCGGGAAUGGAAUACCAGGAUGCCAUUUGCACCCUCAACACACUGCAGACCAAUGCCAGCGCUCUGGAGCAGGUCCGGCGGGAGAGGGGCCACCCUCAGCUGCAGCUGCAGGCCAUGAGAGGCUACCUGGAGCGAGCUGGGCUCACGGUGGAGGAACUAGACCAUCUUAAUAUCAUUCACGUCACCGGAACAAAGGGCAAGGGAUCAACGUGUGCAUUCACUGAGCACAUCCUGAGAAGUUAUGGCUUCCAUACAGGAUUUUACAGUUCUCCACAUUUGGUCCAAGUCAGGGAGAGGAUCCGGAUCAACGGGCAGCCCAUUGGAAAAGACCUUUUCACCAAAUACUUCUGGCAGGUUUAUGGACGGCUGGAUGAGACGAAGGACGCCCAUGGAGGGACGAUGCCGGCGUACUUCCGUUUCCUCACCAUCUUGGCUUUCCACAUCUUCCUUCAGGAGAAGGUGGAUCUGGCUGUAGUUGAAGUUGGUAUAGGUGGAGCGUAUGACUGCACCAACAUCAUAAGAAAGCCGUGGGUGUGUGGCAUCUCCUCCCUGGGUAUAGACCACACUCAGAUUCUGGGAGACACCAUUGAGAAGAUUGCCUGGCAGAAGGGAGGCAUUUUCAAGCCGGGCGUUCCCGCCUUCACCGUCAGACAGCCAGAAGAAGCCAUGGCUGUGCUCCGAGACCGGGCCAAAGAGAUCACAUGUCCUUUGUGGGUGUGUCCAGAGCUGGAGGAUUACCAGGCAGACUGUGGACCUCUGCACCUGGGCCUGGCAGGUCAGCAUCAACGCUUUAACGCUUCCCUGGCCCUCCAGCUGAGUCACACCUGGCUGCAGAGAAGAUGUGGACCAGAUAAAACCUUUCCCUCAACCUAUCUGGAGAACACCAGAGUACCUGAUGCCAGGCCCUUCAAGCCCAGCCCUGUCAUGGUGAAAGGGCUGGCAGAGACAGAAUGGCCCGGCAGAAACCAGACUCUGAAACAUGGAACAGUCACCUACUUCCUGGAUGGAGCUCACACCAUGCGUAGCAUGCAGGCCUGUGUACACUGGUUCAGAGAGACCGCAGCCCAGCAUGAGAGGAACGCAAGUGGUCCAGUGGUCAGAGUGCUGCUGUUCAAUGCCACAGGAGAGAGGGACUCUGCCGCCUUGCUGAAACUGCUGCAGCCGUCUCAGUUUGACUUUGCCGUGUUCUGUCCAAACAUCACCGAAGCCAUCGCCUCCUGUAACGCAGACCAGCAGAACUUCAACGUGUCGGUAGAGAACAUGCUGACUCGAUGUUUGGACAAUGAGAGGAGCUGGCGUCUCCACAACAGUCAAAUUUAUAAGAAAGGCCCGGAACUGCUGAUCGAGGGCAGCCUGCCGCUGGUCCCUGAGAAGGCUGCAGACACCCUGGUCUUCCCCUGCAUCCUCAGCGCCCUUCAGUGGAUCACCCAGGGAAAGGACGCUGUCUUGAAGGAGUCGGCUCAAAGAGUCUUACCAGUUAAACCCAGCAUCAUGGCCAAAGCUGCUCCUCUUUGUGAGGCAGCUGAGAUACACGUCCUGGUCACUGGAAGCCUCCAUCUGGUGGGAGGAGUCCUCAAACACCUGGAUCCAGAGUGCUCCAAGUGAAGCAGACUUUGUGAAUGGAGUCAGUUCAGAUCCAUCAGAUGGGGAGUGGGGGUGUAGGGGAGUAAAAUAUUUAUCUGUACAGCUGAUGUUAUAGAUGGUGAUUGUAGGUGUUCACCUGACCGGGAUCAGCUCCACCCACCACUGUUGUUGCCUUGGUUACCAGCACCAUCAUGGCAGCUCCAUCCUCACCCAGAGCCUUAAGAAGAGUGCAGAAACAUGUGGAGCUCAUGUGUUCAGUCAUACUUGAAGCUAAAUAUGUUUACAUGAGCAGCAGAUGGUGCUGAGGUGUGUGUCUGUGUGUGUGCGCGCUUAUCACUGAUGUCCCUGGAUCAGCCAGACAGGGUGGACAGUCUUUACAAUGUUUCUACAGAACCUGCACGGUAACGGGACCAGUAAUGACUUCUGGUUUUAACCCCUUCUGUUUUCAACACUUUCACCUUUCGUCUUUUUUGUUUGUUU